AUGGGGCGAUCGCCUUGCUGCGAGAAAGCGCACACCAACAAAGGCGCUUGGACUAAAGAGGAAGACCAACGCCUCAUCAAUUACAUCCGUGCCCACGGAGAAGGCUGCUGGCGUUCCCUCCCCAAAGCCGCUGGAUUGCUUCGAUGUGGGAAAAGCUGCAGGCUGAGGUGGAUAAAUUAUCUGAGGCCUGACCUCAAAAGGGGCAAUUUUACUGAAGAUGAAGAUGAGAUUAUUAUCAAACUCCAUAGCCUUCUUGGGAAUAAAUGGUCCUUGAUAGCUGGGAGGCUGCCCGGAAGAACCGAUAACGAGAUCAAGAACUACUGGAACACGCACAUCAAACGCAAACUUAUCGGCCGUGGCAUAGACCCAAAGACCCACCGCCCGCUCCAAUCCGGUGCCGUCACCUGUCUCGACUUCAAGUGCUCGACCGAGAAAGAAAACAGCUCUGUCUCAGCCGACACCGCCAAAUGCAGCAACAACAGCAGCAGCACAACCGAAGAGUCCCAGCCACCCGAGCAUGAGGGCUCUGCCAAUGGGCUCGACUUGGAGUUGUCUAUUGGGCUUAAUCCUUCUCGGCCCAAGUGCGCGAAAAGAGCUUCUUUUGACCCACCGUCAUUUUGGGCCGAGACCGAGUUGAAGCCCGCGGCUGAGGUGGAGGCGCCACCUCACCGGCGGAUGUGUUUGUGUUGGCAGUUGGGUUUUCAGAAGGACGGUCGAGCCAUGCAGGGGCUUCGACCCAUCGACCUAAUGGUCAUGGCGAGGUGGGUCGAGCCAUGUAGGGGCUUCGACCCAUCGACCUCACAAUCGAUGUGCUUGGUCAUGGCGAAGUGGGCCGACCAUGACGGAGCAUCUACUCUUGAAAUCGAUGGCCGAUGCAUGCGAAGGGAGCGAAGCGGGUCGAUUAGGUCGACCCGUUUAAGUCAAAGCGUUGACUUAUGA